GUAACCUUCAUCAGUACUUUUAUCAUAGGGAUGAUAUACCAUCUUGGCUUUAUCGAUUGAGUUUAAAAUAUGGAGGUGUAUUUGAAAUGUAUUUCGGGCCCAACAAGCAAUUGAUGAUCAAUGAUUCUCGGGUGGUUGAACGAGUGAUGAGUCCAGCAAAGGAUGGCAACUACUUUAUGCGUUUUAAGACCAAAAUAGGAUUAGAUGAGUUAGAUAUGGGCAGCAAUGGGACGUUAUUUAAUGUGGAUUUCAAUUCUUGGUCUCAUAUCAGGAAAAUUAUCUUUAGGAUUAUAUCGUCACCCAAUGCUUUAAGAUUUUCUGAAAAGUUAGCCAAUGAUAUUUUUCAGGAUUUAGAGAAGUUGUGGGAUAGUUUAAUUGAAAAACAAGGUCAAAUUUGUCAUAAAAAGCAAAAAAAAUCGGUGACGAUUGAUUUUAUGCCUUGGACGAAAAUAAUUUUCGCAGAAUCUAUAAUGUUGAUGACAACCAGCCGAAAACCCAAUUUAUUGUCAUCGUACUACAACAGAAUCACAAAUAAAAAUCUUGAUGGCAAUAUUAAAAGAGAUUCAAAUGAAGAAUUUUUGGAGCGUUUUGUUAUCGCAUCUGAUUGUGUACAAUAUUAUCUGUUAGUUCCACCAUUAAUUCGUAAUCUUCCAAUCGUAAACACUUAUAGUAAACUUUUUGGUCAUCUUUAUUACUAG